AAAUUUGUCUAACAAUAUCUCCUAUUCUUCUAAAGCGUGGAAGGAUGUUAGUCCUCGUGCUAUGCCGUUGCUACAGUCGAGCGUUCUUUUCCCUCUGUUAACGGCCGUGUGAUAUUUGCCUUAGUUGCUGCGCACCAACUGAAAUAUCUCCCCUUUGGUUUUGCGUGAUGUAAAUCCGUCUCUCCAAUUUCAUUUCUCAUUUCACUCUCCCCAAGGCUCUCAGCCUUUGCAGCUCACCUCCUCCACCCCACGGAUCUGGAUGAAGCUCCCCGAGCCUAUCGCUGCAUCAGUUCAGCCGAUCGUCUCUUGCUACUAUCAGACGGUCUCCGUUUACCCGGAAUCGACAUCAGACUCCAUUCAUCGGGAAAUAUCGCCGCUCAUCCAGAACCCCUGUUGCUCAUCCGAAACUACCACAGCUCGUCGCCCAUCCAGCUUCGGUGCUUCACUUUCUGGUUCGGUUAGAGGAGAGGGAUGGUCAGACACCUCCAACUUCCAAAUCAAUUUCUAUUUCAUAAAAAUUAUGAUCCAAUCCAAGCGUUUGAGGUUGUGAGAAGACGGUCUGCUGGAUAUUCUGUAUAACGAGAUUUGUGACAGUUGUUGUUUCUUAACCCUUGAAGGUUUCAAUUUUAUGUUAUAUAUGUGAUUGUUACCUUUUGUAGUAUUAUAAUGAGAAGCCCAGGUAUGGUCAGGUAUGUUUUUAAUAAUUAAUUAUAUUAAUUUAUAUUCUCAAUUUCAUUAAUCUAUGAUUAAACUUUGGAUUUCUCUUUUUGUUUCCAUUGCUCAUUUAAAAAUCUUUAUUGAUAGAAAUUCAGAUUUGGUUGUGUGUGUGAUAUGAAUAAAGAUUAUGUGAUUAUAUGGAUAGGCUAGAUUAAAUUCAAUUUUUAUUUUAUGAUUGGGAAAAUGUUUUAGAUGGAUGUGUUAUGGACUUUUGAAUUGAACCUAUUCAGAGUUUUCCAAUCAGCCAGAUAAAAGAUAUCUGCUAAUCUGCAUAUUCAUUUUAAUCAGCUAUUUCCAUUUAGUAAUUCAUGUUAUUUGGAAAUGUGUUACACAUGUGGUUUAGCAACACGAUACUCUAGAUUGCUGACUAAUUAUGUUAUUGUCUGAGUAGUAUGCUAUCCUCCAUAGGCGAGGAACUCACAAUGUCUUCUAAGAUGGCUGGCUGGCAGGGGUACAUGCUAGAAUUUAGCACUCUAAUCUAUGGCCUGGUUAGAACUUUAUUGAUUUGGGCAUCUUUGUUUUAUUUCACUUGGAGGCUACUUAGAAGUGCUCCUUGGUAUCGAUUUAGCUGAAACAAUUCUUAAUGUUAACAACAACAAACUAACACCGUUAGUUUUAAUAAUCAAUUUGAGAGUACGGUGCUUCAGACAAAGAUUGCCACCUCUCAACUAUUCUCCUUCAUUUGACGCUUCAGUUGCUAAUCAAAAUUAAGUGUCUAAUGUGCGCCUCCAACACACCCGAGCUGGUUCCGCUACUGGUGUUCAUCAUACUCGCCGGUUUUUGAGUGCACCCUUAACUCAUGGAGUUCUUAAUGAAGAUUAUCAUUCUACACCUCUCUGUUUGUUAUGUAUGGGAAUGGAGAGCUGCUUGUGCUAUUAAUGAUCAUUCUUGUGAAUUUUCUGCUCUCGGGAGUGUUAGCUACACUAACAUGGUCGAGGAGAAUGAGGAUUGCUUUGGAUGUUGCCAGAGGGCUUGCUUUUCUUCAUGGAGCAGAUAUGCCUAUCAUCUAUAGGGAUUUUAAAACAUCAAACAUUCUAUUGGAUAAGUACAGAAAUAGACCAAGAAAGAUUGAAAAGCCAAAAGUGGAAAAUUUGGAAAUCAGGAAGAGAAAUGCGGACGGGGAGGUAGCAAUUGGUGUGUCUGAUGAACCUGGCUGGGAAUGCCAAGAUUGUUGCUCGCCGUCCGGGAGCAGUGCUGCGAAAUGAAAGGGUGGCGUAACAGAUUCGCCGCCGUCCACCGUCGUGAAGGGUCCCUCUGCAAACAACAAGCGAUGAAGUUUCUGAACUCAGUAGACGCCGUGGGCGGCGCCUCCGGCGGGUCAGACAUACAAAUGGCGCACAUGAGGGUUGCCCAGUCCCCCUGCCUCCCGCCGUUGAACGGAAACCUGCCCAGGUAAAAUUCCAGGAUGCUCACGCCCAAGCUCCAUAUAUCUCCGGCGAACCCAUUGUACUGGCCGUGAUUCAGAUCGGAGUUGAUCCUCUCCGGGCUCAUGUAGGCAAUGGUGCCGACGGAGGAGUUGCAAUCCAUGGUCGCCGCUAGGAUUCUCGAGACCCCGAAGUCGGCAAUCUUCACGACGCUCUGGGAAUUGGUGAGCAGAUUUGAGGGCUUAAUGUCCCGGUGAACGAUUUUCCGGCGGUGGAGGUACUCGAGGCCGGAGAGAAUCUGACGGGUGAGGUGGGCGAGCAAGGGCUCGCUGGGGAUGUGGGUCCCUUCCAGAGAUCCCUUGUCCAUGAACUCGAGGAGGACUUGGAUUUCGCCGUUGUGAUCGGACAUAUCGUGACAUUUAACGAUGUUGGGGUCGUUGACGUCCCGGAGGAUCUCAAUCUCCCGGCACAUCUGGAGGCGGACGCCGUCCUCGUGGUGGCCGUGGAUGACCUUCAGCGCGUACAGCCGGCCGCUCGGCCGGUGGAGCACCUUAUAGACCGUACCGCCGAUCCCACUCCCGACGCGGGUUAUGCGCUCCAGCUCGGAGAAUUUGAGCGGCGUGGUCGGGAGAGAAGAGCGGGAUUGGGUUGAAGAAGGGGCGGAAGUGGGCGGUAGUGGAAGAGGGACGGCUAAUCUCGGGUCACGCUGCGGCGGCAGAGGGAGGGUCAGGUCCGGUUUCCGCCGCUGGCGGUUGCGGUCCGCCGCCGGCGCUUGUGGCAGAUUCGGGUUCAUUGAAAUUGGCGGAAUACAGAGAGUCUACUUUGGAAUUGAAAUCCUCUACUGAAAACAGCAAUUCGGAAAGUUCUUAUUCGGGAGAAACGAGAAAUGGGAAGAACAGUACAUGGCGGAAUAAGUCAAAAAGAGUCGCCGGAGAGAAGGUUCGGAGAAUGGAGCAGGAAAACACCGGCGAAAGAGAGGGGAGGAAGAAAUUAUUUUAGUGAUGAGAAGAUUAAUAGAGUGUGCUUGUGAAGUGGGUCAGGUUCAGGAUAUUGACAUGGACGCCGACGGUAUUGCUUUCGGUACUCCCGCAUGUUGAAAUGACUUUAUUACCCCCUAUUUAUGAAUCAGUUUAAUUUUGCAAGGGCACUUCAAUAAAAAUAAUUACUGCAUGGCUUGUAGAGUAAUUGACACCUGUAAAUAUUUCAGGAGAUCAAUGUAAAUAGUUGGGCCAAAUUACAAAAUUGGUAAAUAAAAUUACCAAUGAGUGACAUAUAUUAAUAAAAAAGAGGCUUCCAUGAUAUAUUGGUAAAAAAACAACUUCAAUCACAA